AUGGCGAGAUAUUAUGUCAUCGUGAAACGCGGGACGGGCAAGUUCGGCGACAAGUGCGACACCAACAGCGACUGCCGCUUCGAGGGCUCCAUAUGCGACGGCAAGGCGAAGACGUGUCGCUGCUCGCCGGACCUGCCCGCCACCAACCACAUCGACAAGUGCGGCAAGCCGGCGGCGGUCAACGAGUCGUGCUUCUUCAACGACCAGUGCGAGCAGCACCUCCUGGCCACCGAGUGCCGCGACAGCCGCUGCGUCUGCCGCUUCGAGAGGACCCCCGUCGUCAACCAAGACGGCAGCCUGGAGUGCGUCGUGAUGCAGCAGCCGGAGCCAGAGCUGCCCGGCAUCGACCCCACCAUGAUCGGCGUCCUGGUCGGCAUGGGGCUCAUGUUCAUCACACUGUGCGUCGUCAUGAGGCUCUUCAGCCAGGCCAGGUGGCGAGACAACCGCACCAUCUUUAACACGCCCAAUCCUCGGCUGAUGAACGCGUCCCUGCUCAAGCAGGACAAGCACAAGGACGAGCGCCGGGGCUCGCGUGGCUCGGUGCGAGGGCCCUCCAGGCAGCCUUCCAUGGCCUCGCUCAGGCCCCACUCACCGGGCGCCAACGGGUCGCGUCAUGGCUCGCGUCCCGAGUCCGCGGGCAGCUCCAACGCCUCCGCGACGUCCACCAAGUCCCUCAAGUCGCCCACCAUGCACGCGGGCAGUAGCGUGCAGUCGCCCAUCCUGGAGAGCGUCACCGUCGAGGUCCAGGAUCAGGAGGACGAGGCACACCAGCACCAGCGGGCCUAGGGCCGCCUCCAGAAGCGCUUCAAAGGGCAUGAGCAACCUAGUGAGUCCAGCUCAUGAGUGGAAUGCAGAGUGGUGCCACCCACAGCAAAGAAUAAUCAAAACCUUGCAAAUCCAAUAUUUUCGACCAGUUAUGCUUUGUACGUUUUAAGGUAACGGGAAAUCAAAAAUAAUGUGGCAGUCUUGAAACCGAAAAGUUACAGAGUUGCAAGGAAGCAGGAAAAUGUAAGACCGUAUGUGGUUAAAUAUUAGCAAUAAUUCUUAAUACUGUCUCGACUGUCUUACUCUCCUAUAUUCAUUGUAAUAUGAAAUUCUAAGCUUGUUUUAGGAAGACGAUUUCUUCUAGUGAUAGUGGAUAAUAAUGUUGGGAACGGAGACUAAUUCACUUCUUCCUUGAGACCAGAAUUGAAUGGUGACUUAUUUCUUCUACAAAUUCAAACAAAAUCAAACAGUCCAUAGACGAGUGAUUUAUUGGGGAUUCCCUGACCAAAUUUUCAUAGCACAACGGAGUCUUGUUUAAAAUUUGCUGUAUGCAUCUACACAUAUUGGUCAUACUAUGGUUAAGUGACACCAAAAUUACGCGCUGUGAUUUUGCAAUACUUCUAAAGGUUUGGUGUGUUAGGAACUGUCACACGAAUCUAUCCUUCUUUUUGACAGGGUUUUUUGAAUUUUUUGAUAGUUUUCGAGGCGAGAUUCCAUAAUGUUCAUCCUUCCAAAUAGGUCUUUCUUUUGGGUGUAGUAUAAGUCAUGGCAUUUGAAACAGGAACAAUAGAGAGCAGUUUGUCAAAAGCUGCUGCAAUGCAAGAUUUUGGGAAACUCAAACAGAAAAUUACUACGAUCGCAUUCUAAUCCCUUGGGGUACUUGCCAAAAACUUUUUGUUGAGAUCUUGUCUGUUUGGAAUGGAUGUCCGAGAGGUGCAAAACGAAAUGGGACCAUGCCUAGUUCUUCGUUCACAAAAUUAGAUUGAUAAAGUGCGAAAAACGGGUUUUAGGCGUCCGGCCCAUCGAUGGCCUAUGAAAACGUUGGGAUUUACAGUGGACACGCAAUAAGAUAUUACCGUUUUCCAGUCCCCAGGUUAAAAUAUACGAAAGCUCAAGGCAUUUCAGCAGUUUUUCUGGCUCCGAGUCUGUUAAACAGCUCUCCAUAUUAGUCCAGUUCCUAACCGUAUCUUCAAAUUUAUUUCCGCCUUAGUGUCUUCUCUUUCUACUCUCGUACCCAAACACGGCAGAACGCUGUCGCAGAAUAAGCUGCUGUCGUCUCUGUAAGGUCGCCUAUUGCUGCGUGGUUCGACCUAGGGCCUUUCGUGGGAUAUUUGCGCGAUAUAGGCCGCCAAUUGCCCACAAGAGCUGGGCGGACAGAGGGGGCCAUAAAACUGUCUUGUUUUGAUAAAACCUGGUGGUGAACAGAAAUGGGGGAGUCGAAAUUACCUUCUCCUUUCUCUCACUUCACCUUUUUUUAGAAGAUACUAUUGACCAUAAAAAGUGAUUUUGCAAAACUUUCAUACUAGCUUCUGGAUUGAAACGCCAAUUAUUGCAACUAGGGGCCUAAUUCAUAGUGUGAAUGUGAUUAUGCGCCCGUAUACACUGUCAAAAAUUUUACAAUAAAAUACCAAAAAACUUACGGAGUGCCCUGUGUCUUUCUGUAAGGGCAAUCACUCCUUUAAUUUUCUGAUGAUUAGUUUUUGACAGUGUUUUCUCGCCGGGGCUUUGAGAGGCGCGGCAUGGCGAGGCAUGGCGAGGGAAAUCGUAUGAUUGAGAGUGGUCCCGUAGCGUACAACGCAAGACGGCGUUCACGAGAGCCCGGAUCCAGGGUUGUUCUUCGUCUGGGAAACCAACUGGUCUUUGGUCAUCACAAUAAACUGGGAAGGGGUGAUCGCGAACACGUAGUCAUUAAACUUGGUAACUCGCAGAGAGAGAGGUUAAUUAGCAAUACUUAAGAUUUCGUGUAUCUAUGCCUACGGGCAAGCACCGAUUUCUCUAUAAAUAUUUAUCUUAUGUCUACACUACUCUUUCUACUUCAUAGAACUGCACGGAAAAAAAUUCACGUUUCACUAUACACAUACGCAGUGUCUUAACGCUGCUCGCACUUAAAUUACUACCUUUAAAAUUAUUUUAAUGACUUUAGCAUUGUAGCGAGCUUAGGUUUCUAAGCCAGUUUUUAGUAAUGAGUGAAUAUUAUGAAUGCAUUUUUUCUCUUUUCAUAGGAUUAAGGUACUACAGGGUUGACACCCAGAAUAUUCUUGCCUUAAAAUUACUUCAUACGAGAGUUCUCUACUACUACAGUUAAAAGCACACUUUACUUCUUAACACACUAUAUUUUAAUUCAUUAUUUAAUACUUUUAAUCAGCAGUUUUGUAUUUACUCUCCUCUAUAUUUUUUACUUUGUAUCGAGUUAUUGUCUUGUCUUAUUUGGAGAUAUGUGUAGUUUUGUAUGCAGAAAUCAGAAAAUUGGGGAAGAUUUUCUGAUUUCAAAGUACUUUGUAGUUUUAUAAGACCUUUUAAUAUGCGAUUUCCUCCUGCUCUGUGUGCUCUGAGCAUUCCGGCGUUCUCCGCUCGCUCUUGCGGUGAGUCUGACCCGGAAUGCAGGAUGCACUGACCUUGUGUGACCAGAGUCACAAUUCGUCACUCUUGCGAAUUUGUGAACGCUCUUCUCGCUACUUUUGUGAUACCAUCAUAGAGACGAACACAGUGGUGACCUCAUAGUUUGUUACCUUCUUUCUGCUCAAUCUUUGUGCGUGCCCUGCUGGCCCGCCGGCCCUGUGCGAACAGCAUGCUAGUGUGAAUGUGUAAGCGCUUGCGCGUGAGAGUGAAAGAGAAAGAGAGAACGUGGCUAGUCAAAUCCUUUAUCUUAUAAGUCUAGUAUUUAGACCUUUCUAUGCCCUGAACUUCGCUACUGUUCCAUCAUGUUUUUAAAACUGAUCUCUUGUAAACAGUACUUUAGGUAUAAAUAAUCCAUCACAUCUACCAUUACAUCUAUUAUUGUACUUCUGAAAUUUAAUGUUUCUAUCAUGUACUUCUUCCAUACCUAAGAAUUAUUUUCCUAUCUUAGCUCCCUAGUUCUGCUAGAAUUUUUUUCUUUUUACUGCCGAUGCUCUUUAGACAGAAACGAAACGUAACACUUCAAAGUGAAACAAUUUUCCCUGUCGAACUUGAAAUAUUGGGGAAGAUAUUCGGGUCCGUAUCACGGAAAAUUUUAACAAAUAUGUGUUGAUUGACUAAACUAUUCCUAUUGCGUCUGUUGGUUAAACAAGGCGAUAAAUAUACCUUACUGACUUUAGCUUUCGCUUACCACGCAGUUCUUCUGAAGACAUAUCCUAAUUGCCCGACUUUGCACCCAACUCUUAGCUUAUUGGAGGUUCCACUCGGACAGAGUGAAAAUCUACAUGUGUAGAAUUAGCCAGGCGUCGCAACCAACUAUUGUUUUUAAUAAUAAUAAAAAUAAUAAUACUCUUUCGCUA